CCGCGGCCGGCUGGCGGCUCGCCACUCUAGUACGGCACGGGCGGAGUGACGCAGCGGACGCGCGCCGCCACAACCCGGCGCGCGCACACACACACGAACAUAAACUAAAACAUUUGUUCAUACAAACUUUUCUACCGGUGUGUUUACAGUGUUUGACUGUUCAUACGGAGGAUUGAGUGCACUUUGAGUGACUUGGGGACGUGACAGGGAUUUGGCGGGAGUCUGGAGGGAAAGUGGCAGGACAGAGGCGCGAGCGCGCCCUCUUUUACAUAAUCGUUGAUAACUGGAGCUUUCGUAAUUGUUGCGUGAUAACAGUGGAGUAGUAUAACGGUAGCCGUGCCUCCCAAAGGAUGAGGAAUAAGCAACGAUGCUGGAAACGCUGCUUUGGCCCAGACAUACUGAAAUCAACAGGAUGACGUUCGCCUUGGCGCUGGUAGUGGUUUGGUGGGCGGUCGGCGCUCGCGCCGGCGAGCCGGUGUUCGACCCGAGCACCCUGAUGCGGCUGGUGCUCGUCCCGGCUGACGUGCCCGUCGGCUCAGUCAUCUACCGCGUCCGCGCCUCCGACCCUGACUUCGAUUAUCCGCUGCAUUUUGAACUUAUUGGUCAAAUGGGUCGUUUAGACAUCGGUGUGGAAACCCUUCCCUGUACGCGCUACAACUCAGUUUGUCAAGCCAACAUCAUCCUCCUGAGGAGAUUGGAGCCAGGGCGGUAUGUGGACUUCAGGCUAUCGGUGCGGAACACCAGGGGGAAAAGUUCCAGGAUAGCCUGCUCUGUAACUGGGACCAAUGCCACAACGCCCAGGGAUACCAUUUUUCCUCACCAGCCCGGGAUCAUUUUGGUGCCAGAGGACGCUAAACGCGGAACUGAUCUUGAGAUAGUAAUUGCGAGAAAAAACCCGGUGACGCCGAAGCCUUUGGAACUCGAACUUUGGGGAUCUCCUCUCUUCGCGAUCCGACAGCGGCGGGUAUCAGCCGAAAAUACUGAAGGGACCAUAUUCCUGGUGGGGCCACUAGACUUCGAGGCCCAAUCUAUGUACCAUUUGACACUACUGGCCGUGGAUCCCUUCAUAGAAAUAGGCAAGGAUACACGCAACAUAGCCGGUUUAGAAGUCGUGGUGGUCGUCCAAGAUGUUCAGGACAUGCCUCCAGUGUUCACUGCUGCUCCGCCCAUCACCCAUCUGCCGAGGCAGGUGGCUCCGGGAGACAUGGUGGUGAGGGUGAGAGCAGAAGAUGGAGAUAAGGGGGCGCCGAGGCAGAUCAGAUACGGACUGGUGUCAGAAGGGAAUCCUUUUACACCGUUCUUCAACAUCAAUGAAACAUCGGGUGAGGUAACCCUAGAGCGUCCUAUCGAGGAGAUAGCAGCGAUCUCCCAUGCUGGCGCUCCUAUCCUCCUAACGGUAGUUGCUGAGGAGGUUCGACUGUCGCGAGAGGAGCCCGAAGCGAUGUCCUCGACUGUACAGCUUGCGUUCAUACUGCCCGAACGAGAGAACUCACCGCCGUACUUUGAGAAUCAGUUCUACAUUACUUACUUAGACGAGAACGCUCCUCAAGGCACAGCGCUGAUGUUCAGCGAUCCCUACAUACCGCAAGUGAACGACAACGACGCUGGCAAGAAUGGCGUGUUCUCUCUCUCGUUGGUCGGCAACAAUGGAACUUUCGAGAUCUCGCCCACUGUCGCUGAGAGACACGCCCAGUUCAUCAUCAAAGUGCGGGACAAUACCAUGCUCGAUUUUGAAGCUAGAAAGUCUGUUGUGUUUCAGAUUUUAGCUCAAGAGCUUGGCCCAGCAACGAAUCUGUCAGUGACAGCGAAUGUGACAGUCUAUCUAAACGACGUCAACGAUAACCCGCCAAUCUUCCUGGCGCAAUCAUAUGACGUGGAACUGCCAGAAAACGUAACCGCCGGCACCAAGGUCGUACAAGUCGCAGCAGACGACGUAGACACUGGUGCAUUCGGCAAAGUACAGUUCACUGCCAUAUUAGGAUACCUCAACACGUCCCUCAACUUGGACCCUAUAUCGGGUGUCAUAACAGUCGCCACAAAUAAUCACGGCUUCGACCGUGAAGCGAUGCCAGAUCUGCAUUUCUUAGUAGAGGCUAGAGAUAAUGAUGGAGUAGGUUUAAGAGUAACAGUGCCAUUAAUUAUUAAGUUACUAGAUGUAAAUGAUAAUCCACCAGAGUUUGAAAGAUCGCUUUACGAGUUUGUGCUGUCGCCGAGUCUGAAUAAUUUCACAUCGGCAGCAUUCGUGCAGGCAGUUGACAGAGAUUCCGAACCACCAAAUAAUAUAGUCAGAUAUGAAAUAAUACAGGGAAAUGGAGAUGGAAAAUUCGCUAUAAAUGAAGAUACAGGUGAACUGUAUCUUCUAGAAGCGCUAAAAAGAACAAAGAAACAAAACGUUCACAGACGAAGACGUCAAUCCAAUGAUCAAGAGGAAAGCGAAGUAUUUGUGCUAACAAUAAGAGCUUACGAUCUAGGAGUUCCUAGAUUAUCCUCUACAACAAUAGCGAAAGUAUAUCCUCCAGAGAGUAAGACUAGGACAAUGUCUUUCAUAGUUCCUGGAGCUAACCCUGAUAAGAAGAAACUAGAAGAAGUUCUUAGUACACUCUCUGGAGGAAAAGUAACUAUUAUUGAUAUUAAGCCAUACAGAGGCAGUGAUAAUACUGCAACAGAUUUAAACGGUCAGGAAUCUAGUCAAGAAAAGAGUGAAGUUAUCGCUGUGGUGCGGAUGUCUGGAAACACAGCCAUAAAUGUAGCCAAGCUCCAAGAGCAACUGGCAAAGAAUGUGACAAUCUACACGACAGGCACUAACUCGGGUGGCGUCAUCAAUACUGGGACAGGAUCAGGAUCAAAUUCAGGAAAAUCUGAUCAUGCGUCUACAGCCGACGGUAGUGAUUCUGGUCUCUACAGAGCAGAAAGUCGACUAUUAUUCUGGCUACUAAUACUGCUGGCGAUAUUAGUAGCCCUAGUACUGUUACUCCUUAUAUGCUGCUGCAUAUGCGAAGGAUGUCCACUUUAUAUGCCUCCUAGGAAAAGAGUGAUACGUGUCAACUCCACAGAGGACGACGUGCAUUUAGUGGUGCGCGACAAGGGACUUGGGAGGGAAAACAAGUCGACGCAAAAUAUAGAAAAUAAGUCAAUACAAGCUAAUGAGUGGAGGAGGCGCGAGGCAUGGAGUGCUGAACAGGCAGACUUGAGGACGAAACCAACGCAGUGGAAGUUCAAUAAGAGAAACCACAGAUCCAAUAAAGAGCCAUCUAAACCAGCUUCAACGCCGGGAGAUAUUCAUCAAGAGUUCGUACAUACAGCAGCUGACAAUGAUUACAGAUAUAACGAUAAUCGGCAAUCAUUUCGCAGGGAUGGACCCAACAUUAUUUACACAAAAGAAAUGCAACUACAAGAAGCAUUUGCGAACAAACAUAAAGAGUAUAUCGAAGACUUAGAAAACGGUUACGAUAGAAUCGCAACACUACAUUACCAACGUAGGGAACAAGACAACGAUUCGAUACGUAGACAUGAAAUAGAUAGGGGCUCCGAAGUCGGGGUCUUCCUCAAGUCUGAUGAAGACAAAAAUUUACAUGACAAGACUGAUAGCAAAACUAAACACGAAUAUUCUGAAAAAGUGCGCGCCCCAUCUAUUCACGGCAGGGAUCAAUAUUUUAUAAAAGAAGGAAAUACAGAAAUUUUAAGAUUAGUGACUAGAGGUAAGAAUGAAGAAGAGCGCUAUGUAAAUCUUCCUGCUCAACAACAAAGACCUGUCACACUUAUACCGCAUACACAAUACGUUGUAGUAGAUAGUGGGAAAAAUCUAUUAAUGGAACGAUUUAUAAGAGAACAAGGUGAAGAAGCUAAAAAUAUUAGAGAGAGAAUGAGCAAAGUAACUGAUUUAGAUAACAUUUCGAAUGGUAAAGAUGCUAAAAGCUACGGACAAAGAUCACAAGUAGGUAGUGAAGGGCAAAAUCAAUUUCAUGAGUACACUAACCUUCACCCUGAAGUACCAGGUACAGUACCUUUAAAAACAGAUUACUUACAGUCAGCGCUAUUAGAAAUGCAAAACAAAUCGACGAUCCACCAAGAGCUACUAGAAUCAUCACUCAGAAAACAAAAUGAGCUUUUACAUCAAAUACUCAUAGAACGAGAAAGAAUGUUACAAAACCAAGAAACUGCUUCUCAAGUUGAAAGUAAACUUGAAACUCAGAGUCUACCUGGCCAUUCUGUGAUGGCAACUCAAACCGAAUGUCACAUUGGUACACAAACUGAGCCACAGCUCAUGAAGCCAACAAGAAGAAAAGCGAGAAGUGACAAUGAUUCGUACAGUGAAGAUGAAUCACAAAUGGUUGUAGAGGAUGAAACAAAAAAAGUAGCGUGGGUAAAAAAGAGAAAGCCUAAAAAGAAAUUAAAACACAAAGAUCCCCGACGAAGUAUGAGAGUAUACGAUUUAAGUAGAAAAAUAAAGACACCAAUCCUCGAAGAAAGUGAAGUGUCUCCUUCCUUGGAAAGUGAAAAGCACAUAAAAAUAAGCAAAACCAACGAAAGGGAAGAACACAUAAAAAAUUACGGCGAUAUGACAAGAAGCACAGUAACUACAUCAAAAAAUGAAACCGUAUCGUCUACUCAAAUAAAAAUAUCUGACAGUGACAGAAAAUCAAGAUUAAGAAGAGACGUAUUAAUGGAGAUUUCGGAUUCUAUCGACGAUAAAGUGGAAUCCGACAUCAGCGACAGAAGAUUAAGGCUUCAGAAACAAUUUUCUGUUACAACCGAUGAUACACAACUCAAAAGCCCAUUAGCUAUCGAAAAUGAAAGUAACGACAAUAAAAGCAGAAGCAGUUCAGCUUCAAAAGACCAUCGCAAUUUAGUAUUUUCAAGACAAGGUUCUUCCACAGAAGCACGGGAAAUUGCAGCAGAACAUUCAUCAGCAAAGUCAAAAUCAUCAGACGUAGAGGCGCAGUCAACUAAAUUAGAUAGUCCAAGUAAUCCAGAACCUAGUAAAAGAGUAAAUGAAGCGAGUGAAUCAACGAAAUCGUCAGAAAGUGUUAAACCGACACAAAAAAGCUUACCACGCUAUAUGCAAUGGUAUGGGAAAAAGUCAGCAGCAGCAAAAUCUACACCCGCUGAAAAAGUAGUACCGAGUAAACCAAAAAGAUCAUCGAAAACGAAAAACGAUGAUGAUAAAGAUGGCCGGUACGGUAAGAUUAUGAAUAAAGACACUCAAGGCGAUUCAGAGGUAAAAAAAAACUUCAAAUCAAAAGAAAGUGAGUUUAUUCAUCCACGGAUACUGAAAGAAGAAAAGGUUACUCCAGUUCCAGAAGGCCCCUUACCAGAUGUUCAUCCUUUACUGCAACAUUCUGAACAUAGAUAUGAACACCAAUACGAAAACCAAAAUCCUCUAUGUUACAUACAGCCUACGCACAUACCUAAAUAUUUAGGCCAACAACCAAUGCCGCGGAAACAAGCACCAGAACAACAGCCCAUCUAUGUAAAUCAAGAUGAUGUUAAAGAACCUAAACAGGAUAUAGCAGAAAGUGCCUUAACCCACAGUAUAUCAAUAUCAACAAGCUACGAAGAAGAUCGAAAGAAUCCAGAAGUACAUGUUUCUAAAAUAAACAUAGGAGGCGAUAAUAUUCCCGACAUAGCUCAUAGAAGUGUCACGUCUAAGAUAGAUGAUAAUGAUUCUGGUAUAGCUAUGAAUACGUUGGUUCAACAGAAUAACACGAAGAGGUUACCCAUCACUGAAAAGAAAAGUGUGUUCACAAUCGCAUACGACGAUGUUCAAACCAAACAACUUCGACCAGAUAGUAGCUCCACUUCUUACUAAAUCACUUUUAUAUUCGUGUCCGUCGAUUGAGUGCCUUAAAAUCAUUGUGAAUAAAUUAGGAUAGUCCCAAAAUUAAAGACUCUUUCUUACUCUCCGUCCAAUGUUGAAAUCGUUAAAUUAUUUGAUAAAACAAAAUGAACUAUUUUUACGCUGGAAUAUUGAUAUCUUUUUGGCUAAUAUCCAGAUACUUAGAAUAAAUUAUAAUAAGCUAGUUUCGUUACUUGUACAGGAUUUUAGCUAAAAUGAAUUCAAGUUCAGCUUUGUAUAAGAAGUGUAACUUGAUACAACUGCCUUUGUUUAUUGACUGGUUUAUUAUAUAUAAUUUUAGAAUAUUUUCCUAUAAUAAUGUAUAUAGGCCACAUGUUGAAAAUAUAAUUAAGUAAUAUUUAAAUUAAUUGUAGCUUUAAUAAUAUCUCUUUGUAAAUAUUAUUUCUGUAAUACCUUACAAUGCAUUCUGAUACAGUGUGCAAUUCUAUAUUUGUUAUAAAAUAUAAAGUUAUAUAUUACAUAUUAAAC